UUCACCACCACGUACAAAGAAUGUCAACCGACCUCGAGUUUCUCCAGCAAGUGACUGCGUUCCUCGAAGAGGAGGCUCUUUUCACACCUCGCAAGUCCUUCGGCAGCAAUCAAUAUGCUGGUGAAUCACCUCCCACCUGGCUGGCUGUCUCUCCUGUUAACAGUGACGCCUCUUUGUUGCGAGGGCAUGAAGUCGAGGGUCAUCUGAGCAAAACGAGUGACGGUGACAAACCACGAGCCAAGAAGAGCAAAGUGUGCCAUGAAACCGACCGACGCCACAAGUAUCGUCAACGACUAAAAGACGAGCGCGACCAGCUGAAUCACACGGUGAACGUGCUCUCGAAGCAAUUACAAGAGCUCAUCGAAGCUAAGCAAGGGACGAAGACCACCGCGCGGACGGAUUUAGUGCUCUCGAAAUCGUUCUGGAGGAAAGUGGCAACGCAACAACGCGAGCAACGCUAUCUAGUAGAAGCAGAACACAAGAGGCUCUCGGACAUCGUCAAUUCCCAAGAUGCGUACAUCGAGAAAAUGAUGAUCGCACUUCGAAAGGGAUUCUUAAAUAUUUCGCUAACUGGUGAGAUUAAAGCUGCUGAUAUGCAUGAUCAGAUCGACGACCUCAAGUGGCUACAUCUGAAGUCGUCUGAUGCUAUGCUGUAUGAAGUCUAUCUUCGGGAGGUGAAUGAAAGCUACGCUCGAGUCGACAGUGUAUUAAACGAAUGUGACGUCGACUCGGUGCCUGUGGGGACAGUCAGUUACAUCCAUCGCCACAAUCCAGACGGAGACGUAGACUACGUUCAGUACGUGAAUAAGUUUAUGUAUCCAUUCGACUUCGAGCGCACGUGCAAUGGCAUGUGGGAGGUCUCCAAGCUGCCACAUCGACAAAUCGACCGUGAAGUGUACGAGGAUUUAUCGGACGCUGGCAACACUGUGGCCUUUAAGUUCCGAGUGAAGAAGACACUGGCCGACGGAUCCACUGUAUCUGUGUUGAAACGUGUGUUGUCGAGGCGAUUUCGCGAUAACAACCAAGUGGUGAUCAUUUGGAAGAUCUUUUCAGAGGGCGAAGGAAUCUUCAGUGGGAUGGACGUCAACGAGACGACGUGGGGCCGAAUGCGCCCCUAUCUGGAAGGAUCAAGCUGUGGAGUGUUGGUAGAGUCCUGUACACGACAGACUCCCGGGCCGUAUAUAACAGAAAACGCCGAUGACUGGGCAGGUAGAACGUUUCGGGCUAUAAUGCAGGAAGCAGUGGUAGAGGAUACACAAGAGUUCGUCCGAGCGUUAGGCGAACUUUUACGAAACGAUGCCUCACCGAGUAUCGAAUUUGAAACUUGAUCCAUUCAAAAGACCAACACUAACGUAAAUCCGCCCAAGAUUAUCGACCUUGGUAAGUAAAUAUUUGUUUUUGUUUCCAACCUGAGAUUCUAUAGAAAAUGAAUGGAAUGACUGACGUAGAAUCACGUUGCACUGAGAAGUGCGUCACUUGA